GGUACAGCAAGUUCCUAACACGGCAGCCCAUGCUGGUCUAUGCACCGACGGUUACAACGACGGGGUUUAUUUCGACAACUCAGCUUGCUGUAUGCUUAGUGGAAGUUGGUGGAUAGUUGAUCUCGCCAACGUCUACAACAUCUCCCACGUCAUCAUCUACAGACGGACGGAUGGUGCCUAUCCCAACAAUGCCGUGGUGGAAGGGUUUCUGCAGUACCCUCCGAUGUGCCCAGGAAGUGGCGUGGAGUGUGCCCGUGUUAACCGUGCCCUUCAACCAGCGGAGAAUAUCAGCUGUUCGACUCCUGUGGAGAUGAGGUACCUGAGGGUAUCAAGCAGUUCCUCAGGCCGUGCAAUAUGUGAGGUGGAAGCUUAUGGAUCCUUUGUUCGUACAGCCAGUCCAGGUGACUGUCCACGUGUUGAGAUGACUCCACAGCUCAACAAGAAGCUGACUGGUGCGGUUUCCACAUCAACCAUAACAAGUACAAGCGCUGCCUGUGGGAUUGAGUGUGUAAAAGGAGGUAACUGUACAUCUUUCAGUUACAACAGUGCCACAGGUGAAUGCUUGUAUUCCUCAAGAUUGCUUAUUCAAACCAACAUGGUAUCUAAAGCAAACUGGGUUCUGUACAUACCCUGUUUCUAAGCAGAACCAGAUGAUCAUUCAUAUCCUGUCGUUGCUGAAAACUAUCUUAUGUCUGAAAAUACGAAUCAAUAAUUUUCUUGCGGCAAAUUCAGAUGAAGAGUCGUGCCUCAGUGACAGUCAACAGAUAUCAAGGUGACUAUAAAUGGUUUUCCCCGAAUCAGUUAUGCCUUUGUGCACGAAAGGUGCAGAUUAAGAUAGCAACAGUCCAUAAACUUCCCAUUUAAUGACCUCUUGACGGAACAACUGACCAUUUGAACAAAUGUUAUGCUUCGUACACCAUCUAGAGAUCGACACUAAAAGCCAUGCAACUUCCACCAAAUACGAACUGUUUUGAUGUUUGUAUUUGUAACAUAGUGCAAUGUACAUCGACGGCUGUUUCCAUGCGCACACGACCCGUGACGAUCAGGGGUAGAAUAGAUCUCCAGCAACCCAUGCUUGUCGUAAGAGGCGACUUACGGGUUCGGGUGGUCAGGCUCG